GCAGGCUUUUAGAGAGGGCUUCAGCCAUAUCAUAGACGGCCCUUCACCUCCUCCUCCACCCUCCUCCUCCUCCUCCUCCUCCCCUCCAUCCUCCUCGGUGUCUAAAGGCGAGGAGCGUCAUCGACCGUCUCCUGGAUGCAUUUAAUCCAAGCGGAACCCGAGGCUUUGAUUUAUCCUGCGCUGUUUGGAGGGCUGCUUACAACAAGAGGAAAGUUUCUCCCCAGCCAUGCAGAAGGUGGAGGGAGGGGUGACCCAUGUUAACCUGCCUUCUUCCCGAGGCCCCAGCACCCCUGGGUCCCCCGCCACAGGCAUCACAGCCCGUGUAAACGACCAGGUGGUGGGCUACAGAGACCUGGCAGCUCUGCCCAGAGAUAAAGCCAUCCUGCAGGUGGAGAGACCAGACCUGAUGACCUACCAGCCUCACCUCAGCUUCUCCUCUCUGGACCCGCCACGCAGAGAGAGAUCUCUGUCUCCUCCCUCCUCAUCUCCUCCGAUGUCUCCUGAGGUGAAGGGACGCAGGGCAGAAAGUGAAAGUGGCUCCCCUGGAGGAUCGAUGAUGCAACUUCAGGCUGGCCGUAAGAUCAGUGGCAGCCUGCAGCAUUUCCACAGACCAGAUAAUGGCACCAACAUAUACAGGAAACCUCCCAUCUACAAACAAGAUGUGAGUAAACAUGUGGAGGGGAGCAUCAUCCAGUCGUCCAAGUUCCCAGCGGCUCAGCCACCAGAUCCCAACCAGCCGUCCAAGAUAGAGACAGAGUACUGGCCCUGCCCGCCAUCACUGGCUGCUAUGGAGAUUGAGUGGAGGAAGAAGAGGGUUCAAGAGGAAGAUGAGUUUGAAGACCUGACAGAGGACGCCAAGACGCUGCAUGAGCAGGAGCUUGAAAAGAUCAAGUCCAACCUGGGCCGCCUCAUUCUGAAGGAGGAGAAGGAGAAAGCUGUUCAUUUCCGCAGGAAGACACAGUCGCUGCCUGAUAGAACACACAUGCACACUAGUUUGUCCUCAAGUGCAUCCAAGUCCGCCUCACGCUCAGGCUUGACCAGGAUGCAGUCUGCAGAGUUCUCUACAGAUGGAGAUAAAGGGCGACCAGCUGCUCAGAAUGGAGAGGCACGGAGAGAGCGGAUGGACAGAGGAAACUCACUGCCUAGUAUCCUGGAGCAGAAGAUCUAUCCGUAUGAAGCGCUCAUUGUCACCCACAGAGGGCGCUGUAAGCUGCCGCCAGGAGUUGACCGUACCCGACUGGAGAGGCAUCUGGCUCCAGAGGAGUUCGAGCAGCUGUUCGGGAUGGCUAUUGCAGAGUUUGACCGCCUCUCGUUAUGGAAACGAAAUGAACUUAAGAAGAAAGUUUCACUUUUCUAACAGGACGUGACCUUGCUCCUUGACUACUCGAUGAAAUCCACUCGCGCCGCCGGAGGAGCAACAUAGUCCAGAACCAACCAACACACCGUCACAGUCAACACGAGGAGCGAUCGAUCAGUAGUAUCUGCAGUAAUACUAGCCCAGGCCAACAUAUCCGCCAUCAGACUAACCUAUCAUAACCCUCCAAGUGUGCCGGCCCCUUUGGAAAAGACAGAGUGUAUUAUGAAGGCUGGCCCCAACUAACCCGUUACCCCGACUAACCCUUAACUGAUGCACUGACAAAACACAUCACUCCAUGUGGACACACACACACACAAAAACACACACACACACAUAUUAUCUGUGCUGCACUUGUAAUCACCAUUGCUUGUAAAACACCCGGGAACAUCUCUGCUCAUUCUCAGUGUGCUUUACGUGUCUACUCAUCACAUGCAUCGCCAUGCUCAUACAUAGUAAUGUUUUCUUUGGAUUCGGCUGGUAUCUCAGUGAUUUGGACCUCCAGGCCAUGUAAUACUGUCCUGAAGCUGAACGACAGCUAAUAGGGAGCUACAGUCAUGCACUUAUCUGUUACUGACUCGUAUGGCAGAAUGUAAUAAUAUCCAACUAUUUAUUAUGUGGCGCAUUAGGUAUGAGCUGACUGACUGAAUGAGAUAUUUAUUUGAUGAUUGUAAUUCUUACUCUCCACUUGCAGAACGACCAUCUUUGCUACUGUGAAUUGUUAUAGUUUGGAUAUUAGAAAAAUGUUAUUUCAGCUGUACAGAUGUUUUUUUUUUUUAUUUUAUUUUAUUUUAUAGAACCUCGUGCCCCUCUGACUUUGUUAUUCCUUGCUUUAAUCUGCUAUUACAUUUGCUGUGCAAAGUUCAAUUCUGUCAUCACGGAUUCGUCUAAUUUUGGAUCUUGUCUUGAGGUAGAGUAGCAGCGUUCCUCCUGCCGUGUUCACUACUUUUUGCGCUACUGGCAUCAAUGCAAGACUCUCACAUGCUCACCGCUCAGUGUCAGCCCAUCAUGCCGUCCUCCACCUUGCUUGCUUUCUGCUAAGACCGUCAUACCAUCCAGCCCCUUUGUUUCUGUUGUGCAAUCUACAGGAGUCAAAUAAAUCUGUUAAAUAGAAAAGAAAUGCUGUUGAGUGUCUGUGAUUUUUUUUUU